ACAGGGCUUGAGUGGGUUAAGCGCUCAGUAUUCUUGGUCACACUGUAAGUAUUGUUUUGUUUUGUUCGCUCGCAAAAAAUGCCGGGAAAAAGAGCUCGACGCCAGCUGAUUAAGAAGAAACAAAGGCAACGGAGACGCCAGAAGCAUGCCAAAGAGCGUGACAGGCAGGAGCAAGAAGCAGAAGCAAGAAAGCUGGAAGACUGCGCCUACCAGCAAUGGCUUACAAAGCAGGCGGCGCUUGAGGAUUUCCAGCGUUUGGCUGCGGAGCGCCAACAGCAGGAAGAGGAGGAAGCCUGGCUACGACGUGAAGCCCUCGCCCAACGCCAAUUUCGUUUGGAUGCGGCCAAACGGCAGCAGGAGGAGGCGGAAAUGGAACGUUUGCGGGAUGAAGAGGCAAAGGCGCUGGCUAAACGAGAAGAGGAGCAGAAAAAGCGGCGUCAGGAACGGCAGAAGUUUGCCGAAAAGGCUGCCAGCGAAUUCGAAUCAAUGAUGAAAAGUAUGGACGAAUACUUGCACAACGCCAAGCAGGCAAAGCCACCGGACCAUCUGUUGCGUAUGGUAGAUACGCACCCCGAAGAGCGACCCUGCGAAUUCUUCACUCGCACAAACUCUUGCCGUUACGGCCAAAGCUGCACCUUCAACCACAGACGUCCCAUGUUGGGAAGGAUCCUCUUGAUCCGCCACUUCUUCAACCAUUCGCUGCUGCAGAACAAGAAAGUGCACAAAGAGUACGCCAGCGGCGAUGAAGGCUUGGAGCAGACGGAGCACGAUCUGCGCAGCGACUACGAUGAGUUCUUCAGCGACGCGGUCACAGAGCUGGAGAAGUUCGGCAAAAUUGUCAAUUUUCGUGCUGUGAGGAAUACGCUGGAACAUCUCAGUGGUCAUGUCUUUGUUGAAUACGCGAAUGAAAAAUGUGCCUUGCGUGCCUUUAUCAAUCUGCAAGGUCGCUACUAUGCCUCCAGGCGCCUCAACGUGGAGUUCUCCAAUCUUUACCACUGGCGUGGCGCAGUCUGCGGUUUGUCCUUAACACGCAAAUGUCCCAAAGGUAAUAGCUGCGGCUAUCUGCAUUUGUUUCGCAAUCCAAACAAUUUGUUCAACAAGGAUUUGGAGUACACGACCACACCAAGAAGUGCUCGCAAUUCGGGAAAGUCUCCCCUGCCCAAGACUCCAAGCUGGAAUGAUGGUGACGAUGAUCGCGGCAGGAACUGGCGCUGGUCGGAGAGUCCGGAACUGGAACUGGAGAACUCCAAGGCUUUGAGCAAUCACAUUCAAAAGUCAAGAAGAGAUCACGAUCUCAAGAGUCCCCGCCACACUGAGCAUCAUUCCCGAUCAAGAAAUGGCAGUGAUCGUAGGCCAGAUUGCAGUUCAUCCAGAUCUAAACGCGAAUACUCUUCAAGAGGAGAUCGCAGCUCCUACAAAUCAUAUAAUGACUGCCACUCCUCCAGAUCUAGUCGUGAUAGUAGUCCUAGUCCCAGUCCCAGAGCAUAUGGCGGAAAGUCCCACCAAGAAUGGAGUUGCCGCAGUGAGCACAGUCGCUCCAGAUCCCCUCAGGCCCAUAAAAGACUUCGAAAAUAAAAACUAAA